AAAGACUGCGUCAAGUGGACAAACUAUUAGGCAGCGUUUGCCCUCACUACCGCCCACGGAGGCCACGGCAGCGACCUUUGUGUGGCUGACUCGCCACGCGGCAGGGCAGGUGUCGCUCCCUCUCCCCGCCACGCUCGUGUCUUGAUCUGCGUUUUACUAACAGGAGAGAGAGAGAGAGAGAGAGAGAGAGAGAGAGAGAGAGAGAGAGAGAGAGAGAGAGAGAGAGAGAAAGCCGUAAAGCCUUUGCCGCUGCCAGGAUGCUGCCGCAAGACACCUGUGGUAUGUUGCCCUGGCGGAUGACGAUGCCAGUGUUGCAGGUGUUCGGCUGCCUCCCCUACAAGCUGAGUGCCACCAGCGACCCGCCCGUUUUCAGUCUGCCGCUUCUUCUCUGGAGUAUUUCUGUUCACGUGUUCCUGACCAGUGUGAGCUUCUUUGCGUUUACAAACAUAUUUCAUUUGUACGCAGCACCUGACCUGGGCACCGUCUUUUUCAUGAACUGCGUCGCCUUCAUGAUGGCCACCGUGCCCUUAUUUCCUGUCUCCUUAACGAUUAAAAGCUCUAAGAUGGCCGCCCUUCUGCACGACAUGUCUAACAUCGUGGUCGUGCACCGGAAACACAAGAUCUAUCCUAAGAAUUUGAUUGUCAUGAUGACGGCUGUGAUCUUUGUCGUGUUUUCGACGUGGUUCGCCUGCUUCAUCUUGAGAUCAGUGUUCUUUGAGUGUGUGAUGGUGUUCUUGUGGACUUUGGCGUGCAGCGUGACCAUCUUCAUGCCAGACAGCUGCUUAUCUGCUCUGCUGGACCUCAUGACUAGUUACUUGCUGCUGGCCACGGAGUCCACGGUGGCGACAGUGUCCAAGCUACUUGGCCCAGACGGUUCCUUUAGCGGGGAGGACAACACCAAGGAGGCGCUGCUUGCACUGCAUGAUCUCGAGUCUCUCAUCCGGGAGGUGACGGCGUGGCAGGAGACGGUGAAGCAGUGUUUCUUCCCUGUCUUAACCACAUUCCUGCUGCUGAGCGUCAUGCUAGCCAUCGCGUGCCCCUACGCUAUCCUGAAGGGCAAAUUCAUGGGCGGCACCACCAUAGUCUGCUUUUUAUUUUCUUUCUACAUUAUGGGCGUUUACUCCUACUAUGGCCAGAUCUUCACUGACAAGGUGAGCCUUGCUGAAAAACAACUGAGAGACCUGAACAUGAGGAGCAAGAACACAAAUUUCUGCAUAAAGAUGAACAGCGUGAUCGCCAGACUUUCGCCUCUCCUCACCUUUAACAUGUGUGGAUGUUACACGCUGAGUUACUCCUCAUUCCUUGGCCUCAUGAACACAGUGCUAACCUACCUGGUCAUUAUCUUUCAAAUCGGAGGAAACGACAUCACAAAGUUUAGUUCUCCCUCUGAAAAUGAUUUAUCAGACUCAGAGAAAACUGAUGGUUAGGCGAGAGGUUUUAAAGGGUGACUACUGUAUUUUGUUCAGUGUUGGCUUGCAUUUUUGUGUGUUUAUUUAUGUUUUGUUUCCUUUUUCUUUCUUUAUUUUCUUCUUUGUUUGUCUAUUUUCCUUUUUUCCAUUUGUAUAUUCAUUCCUUAUU